CUUUCUAUUUACACUACUCCCCUUCCAUUCCUUAGCUUAUGUCGAAUAACAAGGAUAAACGUCGUUUAACAGGAUACAGUGGAAAUACCAUUGGUCAUCAGUCAGUCUAUGAUGAUUACCAUGAUGAUACUUUUGAAGAAUAUGAUGAGGAUUCUGAUAGUCAUAAUGAAGAAGAAGAAGAAGAACAUGAAGUAGCACACGAGGAUGAUACUGGAUCCGAAUUGAGUAUUCCUGACGCUGAUAUAGACUUCGAUCUUGUCUAUGCUCUUCAUACUUUUUCAGCUUCUGUUGAAGGACAAGCCACGGUUGUGAGAGGAGACGCAUUGACCUUAUUGGAUGAUAGUAAUUCUUACUGGUGGUUAGUUAAAGUACUAAAGACGGCCGAAGUUGGUUAUAUUCCAGCUGAAAACAUUGAGGUUUGCAAAUACUAGAAUAACCAGUAUCAAAACAGUCCACUGAUCAUUCUAUACAGACACCGCAUGAAAGACUUGCAAGACUAAACUCGCACCGUAACAUUGAGGUAAGAUUGUACUUUAUAAAGACACCAUUUCUU